AUGCCAACGGAAGAGCAACUUAGACAGUUGGAAGCGGAAGACAACAGUCAACAACCUGUGAUGCUGCAAAUAUGGUUAAACGAACCGAGCACUGUUGUCUUCGCUGCCGAUGUCUGGUCGUCCGAACGAGCCAUCGCCAAACCGAGACCUAAGGCGAAAGACACCAAGUCACGACGCAAAAACGUCAAGGUCAAAAAUGCAGCAAAGGCGGCAUGGGUUUUGAACGGAUUUGAAGACUACAGAAGCGGGGCAACGCAUCAAUUUUGA